AUGAACAAUUUCAUGGAACAAAGAGAGCUUCCUGGAGAUACCGAGGGCUUCGCGGCUCUCACCAUUAUUACAGAUCCCAGUCUCAAGGUCCGACCUCCGGGAAAGAAUUGGUCUCGGGGCUUUUAUCGACGGCACCCGCAGUUAAGAGCACGACGGCUGCGAGCGAUCGAUUGGAAGCGAGAUGGCCAGCAGAUUGAAGAUAAAGUUCGACACUGGUUUGCCAUCAUUGGCCGUGAACUGGCUGAUCCGGCUAUUCUCCCAGGGAAUGUGUACAAUAUGGACGAGACGGGGGUUCUUCUCAGCGUUCUGAACUCCCUCAAGUUGCUCGUCAGUAAAGACGAUUUGAGAAAGUACCGAGGGACCACGGUGAAGCGGACGCUGGUCACGGCGAUUGAAUGCAUCGCCGCCGAUGGUCGCUUCCUGCAUCCUCUCAUUAUCUGGCCGGCCGCCACGCAUCGUAGUUCGUGGACCACUCACGCCACCCCCGGGUGGCAUUUUGCCUGCUCCAAAACAGGCUAUACGAACACCGACAUCAGUCUAUACUGGGUCAAGCAUCUGUUCGAUCCGCAGACUCGAGACCGAGCCGGCGGUCGGCCACGACUCCUAAUCUGCGACGGUUUUGGCACCCAUGAGUCUUUAGAGGUCAUGAAAUUCUGCUUUGCUAACCGCAUUAUGCUAUGUCGUCUCCCUUCUCAUGCAUCGCAUAAACUACAACCAUGCGAUGUGGGUGUCUUCAGUCCUCUGAAAACGGCAUACCGGGGACAGGUUGAGCAGGCAUGUCGGGCCGGGGUAGGUAACGUCGGCAAGCCACACUUUACCUAUCUUUAUGAUCGCGCCCGACAGGAGGCAUUUACACCUCGCAAUAUAAGAUCUGCCUGGUCUAGAAGUGGCCUCUUCCCAUUCGAUCCGUCUCGCAUCCUCCGGGAUUUCCAAGUGUCCCGGCCCGAGGAACAGAUCACUAUCCCUGUGGACCACAACCCGACCGUGUCCUUCAAUCUCGAUCACACUCCAACCACCUCUGAUCAUUUCACCUUGCUUCGCAGAGAGAUGGAGCAAGGCACUGGGAGUCUAGACAGUGAGUGCAAACAUCGUCUUGAAACAUUGAACCGCGCGGCCGAAAAGGUCUUCGCGGAGCGCGCCUUAUUGCUGGAGGAGAACCGGAUCCUAUUUGAGCAGAACAAUGAAAAGUCUUCUCGGUAA